AUGGACGGAAAGCCCCAACAAGGUUCCUCUGCCCAACUUCCAUCGUGGCAGAAAAACAAUCUGAGCUUUCUACAAAAUGUUCCUUGUUUUAGGUUACCUCCAGAAACAAGAAAAUGCCGAGCAUGCGUAGAUAUACGUGAUCCCGAAUGUGAAGAUGCGGAAAACGUUUGUUGUCGCUUUAUUGAGUUUAGAAAACUGAAGUACACAACAAUUGGAAAAGUAAUUGUUUUUGGUUUUAGCUCUGCUGCAACAGAUGCUACGGACGCCGAUGAUAGAUUAUGGUUACCAGAUGUUGAAAAUCCACCUUCUGAUUUGGACUUAGAAACUUCCUUGUUUUUAUUGGAGCAAGUUGGCGAUCAUUUUUGUAGUCUCUUAGAAGAAGAAAAACAGGCACAUAAGGUGAACAAGUCUGUUUAUAAAACAGUAUUCUGGAAAAGGUUUGUUCACGGUGUGAGGGAAAUGUGUGACGUUUGUUCAACAACCAUAUUCAAUUUUCAUUGGUCAUGUAGCAGAUGUGGCUUUGUUGUGUGUUUGGAUUGCUAUAAGGGUUGUAGAAGUGUCCCACAAAACCCCUCAAUAAGCGCUCCAGAAGAAAGUGAAUGGCUGCAGUGCGUACCUUGUGGCUUGCACAGGCGAGGGCAGCUUAUGAUGACGGAAAUAAUCCCUGAAAAAAAUUUACAUCUAAUAGGAAAAAGGUUUCAUGAGACACGGGAUUUAUGGACCAUAGACAAAUUUUGUGGUUGCCCUGACUCCGAAGAAGGUGGAAUAUACAAUCCAGAAACCAGAGAAGCAGUGAAAUGUGCACUGGCUAAAAGAAAGACUGCCCUACAAUCCUCGAGCAGUGAAGAAGACUUCUGGAGUGACGAGGAAGAUGAUGCUCUUCAUCUAAGAAGAACACUUCUCGGGCCAGUACCAGCCACAUCCAAAAAUAAACAUCAAGGUCCAGUGUUGUUAAGGAAUGAGCGGCCGAAUAAAAAGCAGGGCCCAAUCAGGAUAAUGACUCAAAUGGUCAGUACGUUAGUAAACCCUGAUAUUCCGCAUUCUUGGCUGUGUGUUGGGAAGCUUUUGAGGCUGACUGAUCCAGUUUGUGAGGAUAACCUCAAAAUGUUCCAGGAACAAUGGGAACGAGGUCAACCUGUGAUGGUAUCUAAUGUUUCCAAACUACUAAAUGAAGACUUAUGGAGCCCUAAAUCUUUGGCUCGUGAUUUUGGCAAGGAAAGGAUCAACCUUAUAAAUUGCGAGUCUGGAAGAACGGUUCCUCAUCAGCCAAUGCGCAGAUUUUGGGACGGUUUCGAGAACCCGUUUAAAAGAUUGAAAGACUUUGAUGGGGUGCCAAUGCUACUGAAGGUUAAAGACUGGCCUCCGAGUGAGGACUUUGCGGAAACAUUACCCACAAGAUUUGAAGACUUAAUGCAAGCACUGCCACUGCAAGAUUAUACCAAACGCAAUGGAAAACUUAAUUUAACUACUCGAUUACCUGAUUGUUUUGUGAGGCCAGAUUUGGGACCUAAAAUGUACAAUGCCUAUGGUAAACCAUUACCUGUAAAUAAAGCAACCACGAAUUUACAUUUGGACGUCAGCGAUGCUGUCAAUGUUAUGGUUUACGUAGGAAUAUCACACGAUGGCAAUAUUGAUAAACAUUAUCAAGAUACACUUGCAGCCAUUGAUGAAGCUGGAUGUGAUUUUUUAGCUAAGCGACGGGUGCUCGAUAAUGGUGAACUGCCCGGUGCUUUGUGGCACAUUUAUGAAGCCCGCGACGCCGAUAAAAUUAGAGACUUACUCAAUAAAGUUACAAUCGAACUGGGUGGAAGGUUAGAGCCGGACAACGAUCCUAUUCACGAUCAAAGUGCAUACUUAGAUGGUUCUCUACGUUAUAGACUUUAUAAAGACUAUGGAGUUCAAGGUUAUGCGAUUUUACAGUGCGAGGGGGAUGCUGUUUUUAUUCCAGCAGGAGCUCCCCAUCAAGUGCGUAACUUAAACAACUGUAUUAAAGUAGCUGAGGAUUUUGUUAGUCCAGAAAACGUGGUCCACUGCUCUCACUUGACGCAACAAUUUCGUGAACUCAGCAACAGCCAUUCUAACCACGAGGAUAAAUUGCAAAUUAAAAAUAUUAUCUAUCAUACUGUUAAAGACGCUAUGUGCGCUUUAGCGGCGUUCGGAAAUAAAGAGUUAAAGCGUACCAAUUUAUUAGGAGUUUUACAUAUUCCAGUUGGUUACGUCUUGUGUGGGUCACCUCAAAGUGUUACCGAAACCGAUCUUAUUCACCAUUGUAAUAUAUCAGGAGAGUCAUCCAAUCCCACUCAAAAAGCUGUGUUAACAGAGAUAUGCGAACUCAGCUCUAAAAGAAGCGCGUUUACAAGCAGCUUCCGAAGAGGCGUGAAGCUGGUUGAGAUUCCUGAACACGAUAAGCUUGAGGAUUUGGCAAUUAAUUAA